AUGGACCUCUCCCAGCUCGAUCCCACUGUCAAAGCGCAAUUAGAGGCGUACCUUCAAACAGGCAUUCAACAGGCCGUCGCGAAUUUGAAAGGAGAGUUUGAGGAGCAGAGAGUACAGUUGCAGAAGGACCACGAAGCCGAACGGUUGAAGCUGCAAGAGGAAAUCGGGCAGCUGCAAUCGCGACUAGCUGGAACAAGUGGAACAAUCCACAGCACGGGCCAAGCUUCCCGAGCGCCCAUGACACCACCAGCCACUCAGGCCCCCUCUGGACCGGUCCCAUCUGCCUUUGCGGCCUCGACGCGAGCAAAGGCUCGUAAACGCGGCCAAUUGAAGGGACGUGUGUCCAGUCAAACGCCCUCACCGUCCAAACGAAGUCCAUCCAGAGCACAAGCAACGAAAAAGAAGAAGCGAAAGCAUCAGGAGGUAGAGGAAGAUGAGGAAGAUGCUCAAUCCUCUCGGGAAAGUACCCCGCGCCCGUCGGGGUCAAAGGACAGCACGAGUGUGUCCGGAGCAGCCGAUGAGGCGAAGAGUGCCGCACCCUAUCAGCUACGCCGUGAAGAUGUUCCCAAGGAAGCGACACACGUUAUGGCAGCCCUACUCCUCCACAUCCGUAUUCUUUGGGGCCUUUUCAGCAGCGAUUCAGUACCCCAUGACCCAACGCAGGAGGCUUUGAAGUCUUUUGCGCGUUUAUUCUCAACGGAGGCGUCAGUAUAUCAACAGAAGACAGUGACCGAACCCAUUAUCUCACCCACCCUCGUCAACAUCACUCCUGUAUCGGCACUCAAGUCCAAGAGCAGGAUAAUCGCGCAGUACCGGAAGGUCGAGGAGCAUAUCCUCGAUUAUAUGAAGACCUUUAUUGCCCGAUAUGGCCUCAAGAGCUGGUGUCCCGACUUACGCCAAACACCUUACUCCCUGUACAACGCCACCCACCGCAUCAUCUGUAUCGACACAUUCAAACAAGGGCUGGUUGCUGGGGCAUACAGUGUGGCCUUCCCUCGCAUCAAUACAACCUACGCGACCAACACCGACCUCUUGACGAAAAUGUACGACCAUCAUGUCCACCACUACCUAUUCGGUCUCUACACCAAAGAGAUCAAGGAGCCUGGAAGUGUCGGUAGCAAGGGUGGGCUUAACAUGGUGUACAAGAAUCGAGACCGUCUCUGCAAACAGCGUCGCCUGUAUAUUAAGAAGAACAAGUUCCCGCUGCGGUACCUCCGCCUCAUCACAACGGAGACAACAUCUGACGACGAGCGUGAUCCUGAGGGCCGCAAGCGAGAUGGGCAGGACAUUUACUGGAUCAAGGCCAAAGCGGGGCGUUCUGACAAUGCGACACUAUUCAUCCGCACCCUCGACAAGCGCCGCCUCAAUGACGCAAAGCACGAUCCCAGCAGCCGCGGUAAAGAGCGACUUCGACUUGUUCCACCUGAUGACAUGGAAUUGAAGCCUUCUGUUCUGACGCGCCUCGGUACGGGUAUUCCGCUCGACUACUACAACCCCACCUUCUACAAUAACCUCUCCCCUGCUGUCCGUGCGAAGGUCGCCUCAUGCGACAUUGUCCUCCCCCAUGGGAACAUGGACGACUUGUUUACAAAGUCCGGCGAAGAAGAGCUAACUGAUGACACACUCUACGAGAAGUAUCGAGCGGCGUUCUCUGAGCUAUACCAUUAUGUCGAUCCGGAUGACCUAGCUGAUGAUGAGUCUAGUGAUGAUGAGGGCGGCGACGAUGAUGACGAGGAGGAGGAAAAUUUCUUUGAUGAUGACAAUGCAGAUGGUGGUAAUGAGGACCAGGAGAUGGGAGAGGACAGGGAUAGCUCCAUGGAUCUGGAUGGCGGUGUGACAGGUGCAGAGGCGGGCAAUAGUGGUGAUGGUAGUCGAGCUCAGAAACGACGUAAGCUAUCUCCCCGGAAUCGUGAUAGGGACUAG